AUGGUUACCAAAUCGCCCGCGCGUCGGCCGUCAGUCGACUUCCAUAUGGAGACCAGGAGUCGCAGAGCAAAAAUCACCCCGGAACCAACCAAAGCUUCUACAGAACAAUCAUCACCAUCAUCUUCGUCAUCUCUGUCAACCCCACCGUCCAGUCCGCCAAAGAAGACAAAUUCUCGAAAGCGAAAGUUGUCCGGUUCGGGCUCAGAUGACACCGAGAGUUCACCAAAGACUAAGCGCCGUGCACGGCAGGUCUCCACAGCAUCAUCGCUGUCGAAUCCUGCCACUCCACGGAAGCGAACGUCUCGAACGCCAGCUUUGGACAGUGUUCCAGCUGUUACGAACGCCGAGAGUGCUCCUCCGGAAACCUCAUCGUCAGCCACUCCGCCGGAAUGCACCAAGGGCUUGAGGCGAAGCUCGCGUAUAACACGAUCGGACACACUCGAGGUCGUCGAUGAUGCUGGCCACGAUGCAACGCAAACUUUGUCGCCACCUAAUCAAGCAGGUUCAGGGAACGACUCAUCUGGGAAAUCUUCAGAAAUAUGUCCAAAAGACCCUGCGACGCCGCCUAAGCCUGUUCGUGCCUCCCAAUUGGCCAAGGAAAGAACAACAACCAAGGCCAACAUCAGCUUCUAUGAGUACAAAGACAAGGAGCUCUGGCCAGAGUACGAUGCGCAGAAUCCGACAUACUACGGCAAUGAUGCAACCACUCGCUACCGUCCUGCAGAGAAUGGCGAUACGCCAGAGUCCCGCUCUCCCAAGAAGCCGGCACGAGGAGGCGGCCGGGGUGGUCGUGGAGGUGCUCAUGCAAACGGUGGCGGACGUGGUAAGGGCAAAUCCAGAGGUAGAGGAGGUCGCGGCGGUGGAGAAAGCCCCGAACCACCAAACCGACGACGACCACUCACACAAGAGGAAAAACUCGAAAUUUCCAUCAUCAAGGCGAGGCAGCUGGAACUGAAACGAUUCUUCAAUACUGUGGGCGCCCAACAAGUUGACAUCCUUGAGCAACUCUCGGGGCGAGACAUGGCCAGAAUCGCCAGAAAGCCAAAGGCACACAGGCAUGUUCCCGAGUACGACGGCGUUGUGGAAGAACUUGAGGCUACCAUGAGGGAUCUGCAGGACCUCGUCCAAACACGAUUCAAUCUCCAGGUCGAACAUGAAAAGCAGCGCCUGCAACAAGAGAAGGAAGUAAUCGAGGCGCAAUUCCAGGUAAUGACAUGUGGAGAGUCUGUUUAUCGCACCAUAUCUGACACGAAACAGAACCGCGUAACCGAAGCCCGCAAAGAACAUCUCGCCGGCGCAGAAGGAGACAUUAUCCUUUUCGAACGGGCUUACCGCGCCGCUCACGACGACACCCACACCGAAUCUGGCUCCGAUGUGGAUUAUUUCCCGCAUUAUCACGAGCUGCCGGAGCCAGAUACUCAACCCCGUGGCUACUCGUCGCGCAGAAUCAUGGACGAAAAGCCCUUCAAGCAACAGCUGGAGUCCUACGACGAACAAGCCCGCCAACAGGUGCUCAACGAGGACGUUAUUGGCCCCUUGUUGAAGCAGAUGGAACAACGAAACAAUGAAUGGCGCAUCGAGAAGCUCCGAAAGAAAUCGCAGACUCUGGAUGCUCUCUCUGCGGAAGCAAGCAAGGAACUCGAGAAUAUCAAUGGCUAUCUUAUCCCGCGACCGUUCAAUAUGGCAGAGGGCAAUUCGUACGCGUUGUCAGCGCUGGCAGAUGUUUCUGACUGGGUUGCCCAACAGCAUCCUGAACGUCAGUACAUCUACAUGCCUCUUGCCCAAGGCGAUGUCUACCCAAGGCAAGCUUUGGACUUCUCUCCAUUGCCUGGCCAGGCGUCGUCUUCCCUGCCACCACCGCCGCCUCCGCCACCACCACCACCGGGACCAUCAUAUCAAGUCAUUCGACCAGACUCAAGGAGCCGUGGCCGACGAUCAAAAUUCCCGCCCCCAACCAACGCGUCGGCAGCCACCCCACCACCUGCACCAUCGCAACCAUUACCACCGGCUCCUCCGGGUCCUUUAGCCCCUCCCAUCGGACCUUCUUCUUUCCUCCCGCCACGCUUGAUUUCCAGCGGACCGGGUCAAGUGAUUGCUCCUGCGCCGCCAAAACCCGCCCCUCCGCAUCGCUCGUCCACCAGCGUCAAUGUCUUCCGGCACAGUCCUCGACCACCUGCCGGGGUUCAUCAACAACAUUCCAUGCCGCCUCGCCACAACUCUCUGCCCUCUCCACACCUGAAUGGUCCGCAGCAAUAUAUCUUCCAACCGCCCCAACAGCCCUACCAGCAUCAAUCCGCGCCUGCACCAGCACCGACUCCGCAUUAUGGUCCUCAUCCAGCCAGUCCGCGCCCACUCGGUUCCGGAACCGGUGCUAACAGUGCCGUUACCAGUGCCGCCGCUGGUGCAGCCGCGAGUGUCACCGCAGGCGCCGGAGCCGGUGUCGGUAGUGUCGCUGCUCCCGGCAGUGCUCCUAGUGAUGGUAGGGGUGGUCCAACUAUGCAAGUCAUCGGCCAACAGACAAAGAUUCCCAUGACGUUUGUGAACCAGACGAUUGCGAGCCGCAACGCCGCGGCCGCGGCGGCAGCAGGAGCAGGAGGUGCAGGCGGGAGCGGGAAUGGGACACCGACCGGUAACAACGGCCAGAGCCAGGGGAACGGGAAGAGGGUGUUGUUGCCAAAAGUGUAG